UCUUUGGACUGCUUGUUAUGUGUUUAGGACCUCCCUCCUCGUCUGAAGAUGGCGGCGGCGGUCCGGCUGUGCUGUGUCCUCCGUGUUUCAGCUGAAGGUGUUGGGACGUUCCGAGCACUGCGGACCACUGCCCUCUUCUCGCCUUUGACCCGACCCAGUUUGACCCAUCAUGGACCAGCUGUUGCCGCUGCCACCCCAGCUGCCUGGCAGCAGACUCGCUCUUCCAGCUUCUUCAACAAGCUGACGGCUGAGGAGCUGUGGCGUGGCGUGGUAGCCGACACUGGCAGCGGUGCCCGGAAGGGCAGAGGGAAGAGAACCAAACGGAAACUGAAGAAGGACCUCAACCGCGGCCAGACCAUCGGAGAAGGUCGUGGGGGCUUCCUGUGGCCCGGCCUCAACACACCUGUGGUGAAGGGCGGGACCCUCCAGUCCUUCUCUAAACGUGGGGAGGAGGAGCAGCAGGAGGUGAGGGCGGAGCUUGUGAGGCAGAGGGACGAGUGGGACAGGAAGAGGAAGAUGAAAAUUAAGAGAGAGAGGGGUUGGACUGGCAACUCUUGGGGUGGAAUCAGUCUUGGACCCCCGGACCCUGGCCCUAAUGGCGAAACAUAUGAGGACUUUGACUCCCGUGUUAUUGAGGUGAAGAGCGUGUUCAACAUGACAGCCAAAGAAGGCAGGAAGAGAUCAAUCAGCUGCCUCGUUGCCGUGGGCAACGGCAACGGAGCCGCAGGAUUUGCUUUGGGAAAAGCAGCAGACCGAACAACAGCCCUGAGGAAGGCCAAGAACAGAGCGAUACACUAUCUGUAUUACAUUGAGAGAUACAACAACCACACCAUAUACCACGACAUCGAGUCCACCUUCAAAAGAACCACGCUACGAAUGAAGAAACAAAACAAAGGUUACGGUCUGCAUUGCCACAGGGCAGUGAUUACUAUAUGCAGGCUGAUUGGUAUUGAGGACAUGUACGCUAAAGUGGAGGGGUCAGUCAACCUGCUCAACAUUACCAGGGCACUCUUCCAGGGACUGGCCAAACAGGAGACGCACCAGUCCCUGGCUGAUAAGAAGCAACUGAACGUGGUGGAGUUCCGCGACGAGCAAGGCCCGCUGCCCAUCGUGGUGGCUACGCCGCAGCUGGGUGCUCGGAAGGAGCCGGAGCCAGAGGACGAGGUGCCCAACACUCGUCUGCACUGGGCCGACGUGCAGGCAGCUCAGGGCAUGAAACGCUCCGUGUGGGCAGGGGUCAAAAGAACAAUCUGGUGAUGGACUAUGUAACCUCAAAUCUGAACACCAAAGCCCAACCCUGCAACACCAUAACUGACCACACAGCUCCCUGCGGCCAGACACGACCCAAACAGAUGAGUUUGACAGAGAGAAGAGUGUGGAAUUGGGUAGAAAAGGCUGUCUCAGCGUGUCACUCUGUAAGAAAAGUGGAAUUUCAACCAUUCCUGUCCUGCUUUACAGUUCUGCUGUCAGCAGUGUGUGAACUGGUUACAACCCAUGCAUUCAAAAUUGUUAUCUAGAACCAAAUAAAUGUCAUAGCGUGAGAGUUUGA